AUGGGUGAAAAAUUCAUCGUUGAGUUUGGCAGCAGCAAGGAUGAAGAUAGAGAAGCUCUCAUCAGCAAGUUGACCGCGGACGAGAGGACCAAGGUUGUGAAGCGAUUCGACCACGCCAUUUUCUCUGGGGUAGUCAUAGAGACUGGAAACCACAAUCUCGACACGCUUCGGGCUAUGCCCAAUGUCGGCAAUGUUUGGCCAUCGAGGGAUGAAGGGCUUUUAGGGGCGCUUGGAGGUUCAGAACCGCGAAGGGAAGCUGCGGAAUUGUAA